AUGGAGAGCUACAAGGAUGUCAUAGUCAGCCAGCCUCCGGCGAUGUACGCCCAGUCGGGUUACACCACCAAAUUCUCCGUAGAAAACUACAAGGGCAUUCUCCUGUGCGAGCGGCCGUCCAACCUCGGCUCCGUCAGCGGCGGUGAGGGCGGCGGCGCAAACGGAUCGGCCGUCCCCUUCGUCCCGUCCAACCCCACCGGCAACCCGGUUGGGUACGCCCCGUCCAGGGAGUCCCGCGAGGUCACCGCCGAGCACAUCGCACGUCGUGUGCACAACCAAAAGCAGCAAAAACAGAAAACCUGUCAGGCGCUGUCGCGGCACCGGCGGUGGCUGCGCAGCUUCGCCAAGCAGAUGAAGUCGAUGAAAGAGUCAGAGCGGCAGUGCGAGGUGGAGGCGGCGCGGCGGGCUGCCCGUUUCCGCGAGAGCGAGCAGCAGAAGCUCGCGCAGCAGCAGCAGCAGCAGCAGGCGGACGCAGCAGCGACGUCGUCGCAGUCCGGUGCUGCCGUGCCGUACGACAUGCACAAGGCGAUGGAGGGCCACGUCGCGGCGACCCGCAAGGUGCCCGCGCCGGCGUCGCGCAAGCCGAAGUGGGCCAUGACGGAGGAGGAGGCGAUGGACGACGAGCUCGCCAUCGACCGCGACCUCCUCGACUUCGCCGAGCACCUGGAUUACGAAAGGUUCAUCUCCGACUUUGAGGUGGCGGAGGCGCUGGGAGUGAUGCGGGACCGCGUGGAGCAGAUUGCGAAGGCGAAUGACUGGUCGGUGGAGGACAUCCGCCGCAGCAACGCCGAGGCAGGCGACGAGGACGACGUGGACUCGACCGUGACGCCCUCGGAGGCGCAGGUGCUCCUGCAGCAACCACGUGGCCCGACCACCGGCGUCGCUGCCACGGGGGCUCGCGCUGCUCUUCCGGGCUCGCAGGCAGCGCACACACACAACUGGGACAGCAGUACCGGCCGUGGCCGCCUCCUGAAGAAGGCGAUCAGCCGCGACGCCGUGGCACUGGCGGAGCGCCUCUUCGCCGCCUCGCCGUCGCUGCAGAAGAUCCACACGAAGCAGAGCCUGGCUCGGGUGCUGCAGCGCUGCGCUCUGGAAGGCUACGUCGAUGUGACGGAAGCCGCACUCGUGCAGGCGGGGGGCACGCGCUCUGCUAUCAAAACCAGCGCCUCAUCACCACCGCCUCCUGCUGCCGGUGCGUCCGCGAAGGAGCCGGUGGCCGUGCCGGAACCGGUGGUGGUGCACGUGAGCGCAGACGCGCUGCCGGCGGACGCGACAGCGGACGGUAUGCCGAGUCAGCCACGCAUCCUGCGUGAGUUGCAGCAGUCAAAGGAACGCACACAAGGGCUGCCCUACCUUUAUCGCUGUCCUGCCAUCUAG